AGCUCUCUCCGCUCAGGCGACGAAGGAGUUGGCUGCGCGCUGUGGCUGCGCGCCGCGCGGCCAUGGCAAGUCCUCGCCUGAGCAGCCCGCCUGGCGGCCGCCAGGAGGACGUCCUCGGGCAGGAGACCCCCGGCGAGGUGGAGAUGGCCCGCCGCCUGCACGCCCUGGCCGACGAACUCCAGGGGCAGGUGCGCCUGGUGAAGCGGCACGGCGCUGGAGCGGACCGCGCGCUGGCCUUGAAAGAGGCCCGCGCCACGGCCGCGCAGCUUCGGGACCUGAUGGCCGAGGCCCGCGCUGCUCGGGGGCCCUGAUGGGCGAGGUGAUGCCUGGACGCUCGGACGUGCUACGAUCUUCCGUGCGGUGCGGCGGUUGCGUCGCCGGAUCCGAGCUGCUCCAUGCCGUGAGCGCCCCCGCGGGGGCUCAUUGGGGUCGCGCUGGUUGCAGCCCUGUAGGUCACUUGAGGCCUCCUCCCCUGCGGCGCGCUCCGCCAUUCCCACGUAUAAGAGACCAGCGAGCCGCGGGCCGCCCCAUGUGGGCAGAGACAGACCAGAGGGUCCGAGCGGCAGGAAAGCAAAACAAACAUAGAGCCAGAGUCCAGUGUUCCCAAACAUGUUUUUUUCCGCCAAGGCUGCUCAGAGUGUUCGCGCGUUCGCCUGCUCCUGAUCCGCC